AUGGGCGUCGAGAGGAAGGAUUCGAAUCCCCCGCUACCGCAAGCAGAUGAGCAGCAGAUGGCUUCUCGAGAGGGUGUUGAUGCAAGUUUUCGGUUUUUGGCCGUUGACCCCGCCCUGGCCUGCAGCCCCCUCUCCUCUUGGUAUGGCGUCUGGUCUGAUCUUGGUGCGCCAGACUCGCUUAGGAGGUACAGCUGCUGGAGGUCAGAGAGAGCCGCAGGUAGCCCCCGUGAUUACGUGAUUGCGACCGACUGGCAUGCGCAACACGAGCACCAGAUGGCCAGCUGA